AUGGCAGAACUGGUUCCUUUUAACACUCCAGGGAUCGUACUUGUACUUCUACCACUUCUUCUCUUCUCGACCACACGUGCCGAUUUACCAGGCACGUGGGAACUCAUUGUACAAGACGCCGGUAUAGCCUCUAUGCACACGGCGGUGACCCGGUUCAACACGGUGGUUCUUCUUGAUCGCACGAAUAUUGGACCGUCGAGGAAAGCUCUUGGUCAGCACCGGUGCCGGAGAGACCCAAACGACGUCAUUCUGAAACGCGAUUGCUACGCUCACUCGGUUUUGUUCGACCUCGGUACAAAUCAGAUCAGACCGUUGAUGAUCCAAACCGACACGUGGUGCUCGUCGGGUCAGUUUUUAUCCGACGGAUCAUUGCUUCAAACGGGUGGGGAUAGAGACGGGUUUAAGAAGAUUCGGAAAUUCGAACCGUGUGAACCGAACGAGACGUGCGAUUGGGUGGAGCUCCGAGAUACCGAGUUAAUAACCGGACGCUGGUACGCUACUAACCAGAUAUUACCGGAUGGUUCGGUUAUCAUCGUCGGCGGGAGAGGAACCAAUACGGUUGAGUACUACCCUCCUCGCGAAAAUGGCGCGGUUCCGUUUCAGUUUCUUGCUGACGUGGAAGACAAACAGAUGGAUAAUCUCUACCCUUACGUCCAUCUCCUCCCCGACGACGGCGGAAAUCUCUUUGUCUUCGCCAACAGUCGCGCCGUCAAAUACGAUCACCGGGUAAACGCCGUCGUGAAAGAGUAUCCGCCGUUAGACGGCGGUCCGAGGAACUAUCCGUCGGGUGGAUCAUCGGCGAUGCUAGCGAUCCAAGGGGAUUUCUCUACAGCGGAGAUACUAAUCUGCGGCGGAGCUCAAUCCGGUGCUUUCACCGCUCGGGCCGUCGACGCGCCGGCGCAUGGGACCUGCGGCCGAAUCGUCGCCACCUCGGCGGAUCCGGUGUGGGUGACGGAGGAGAUGCCAUUCGGGAGGAUCAUGGGUGAUAUGGUAAAUUUACCGACGGGAGAAAUUCUGAUCAUAAACGGAGCUCAAGCCGGAAGUCAAGGAUUCGAAAUGGGAUCGAAUCCAUGUCUUUACCCGCUUUUAUACCGACCCGAUCAGCCAAUCGGAUUGCGAUUCAUGACACUGAAUCCAGGAACUGUACCGAGAAUGUACCACUCGACGGCGAAUCUGUUACCGGACGGUCGAAUCCUUCUCGCCGGAAGUAACCCUCACUAUUUCUACAAAUUCAAAGCGGAAUUUCCCACAGAGCUGCGGAUCGAAGCGUUUUCGCCGGAGUAUCUUUCACCGGAUCGGGCCAAUCUCCGACCCGAGAUCCGAGAAAUCCCGCAGAUUGUGCGAUACGGUGAGGUCUUCGACGUGUUCGUCACGGUCCCGUUGCCGGUUGUGGACAUCAUACAGAUCAACUGGGGAAGUGCGCCUUUUGCGACUCACUCCUUCUCUCAAGGUCAACGGCUUGUGAAGUUGACCGUUGCGCCGUCAGUACCAGACGGAGACGGUCGUUACAGGAUUCAGUGCACGGCCCCACUUAACGGCGCCGUUUCACCGCCAGGUUAUUACAUGGCGUUCGCCGUUAACCAGGGUGUUCCCAGCAUCGCUCGCUGGAUACGUAUAGUUUCUUGA